CAGAGGGUGGGGGUGGGACCUGUGGGGGGUGGAAGGCAGGUGGUUCCCCGGGCACUGCCUCGGAUUUGGGAGAAGAACCCGCCACCUUUGCUUCAGCAAUGCUCACAAGAAGAUAAAUCGCACUCCCCACCAUCUUGAACGGGGCAAAUUCAUAGAGAAGGUUCCUUUGGGGAAUGUAAGUCUCAUUGCGGGGCUGGGGGUGUUGGGAUCCCGGGCAUUAAUCAGGCCUAACCACAGAGCCGGAAUAAUUAAUACCGUAUUGUAUACCCCCUUUCCCUCUGCCAUCAUGGUUCUCCUUGGCAGCAGCAUUAGCAGCCGCCUGAGGGUGAAAAUGUGGGUGAUGGGGAAGUUGAUAAUGACUCCGCUGUUUUUUCUCAUGGCUCCUUUGGGCAACAGCUGCCCGCCCCCGGUAUACACUGUAGUUGAUUGCAGGGAAACCCUGUACCUUUCCCCUUCCUGCUCUACCGAUUUUGCACUUUUCUCUUUGCUCACCACCAAGUGUAAUCAAUAACAAGCACUGACAAUACAUAGCAAUAGUGAAAUCUGAAAUAACUAAGAAUUAAUUAGGUAUUACAGCCAUGGAUCUGGCUGGGUAAAAUCCAAUUGGGUAUUUCAGUUUCAUUCACCUACCCUGUUUUGGUGUUUUUUUUGGUUUGUUUUUGGUUUUGUUUUGUUUUUUUGCCUUUGAAAAGCAAGGGUCAUACUUCCCCCUCCCUGUUCCUAACCUUUUCUAAAAAGGGGGAGAAAUCCGGAUGGAUUUUAAGGAUUGGACUGGUGUCAGCUGUAUUUUAUUGCACACCUAAAUCCUGAUAAUAGGCUUUCAGUUCCCCCCAAAGCCUUUAUCUUGGCAGUUAAGCCAAAUGGGUUUUCCAGAAAAUUAGUUCAAGUAUUUUCUCCUCUUCUUUUCCAUCUUCCCCUUCCUUUUUCCAAUCUUACCCUAAACGUUGUAGUCCAAACAUGACUGGACAGCAGCUUUUGUUUCUUGACCCUGUAGUAUGACAGUCUGCUAAUAUUGCCAGAAGGUGCAGUUUUUGGGUUACAGUCCUGAUUUUAGCUAUUCAUAUUAGCAGGAAAAAAAAUGACUUGUUUCUGUUGUACUUGAGUCUUAAGAAAAAGUGCCCAUAGGUUAGUGACAAUUUCCAAAGGCUUUAGUACCACCUGUAUUUCAAAAUGGGGGACCCAAACUCCCGGAAGAAACAAGCUCUGAACAGACUACGUGCUCAGCUUAGAAAGAAAAAAGAAUCUCUAGCUGACCAGUUUGACUUCAAGAUGUAUAUUGCCUUUGUAUUCAAGGAGAAGAAGAAAAAAUCAGCACUUUUUGAAGUGUCUGAGGUUAUACCAGUCAUGACAAAUAAUUAUGAAGAAAAUAUCCUGAAAGGUGUGCGAGAUUCCAGCUAUUCCUUGGAAAGUUCCAUAGAGCUUUUACAGAAGGAUGUGGUACAGCUCCAUGCUCCUCGAUACCAGUCUAUGAGAAGAGAUGUAAUUGGCUGUACUCAGGAGAUGGAUUUCAUUCUUUGGCCUCGGAAUGAUAUCGAGAAAAUUGUCUGUCUCCUGUUUUCUAGGUGGAAGGAAUCUGAUGAGCCUUUUAGGCCUGUUCAGGCCAAAUUUGAGUUUCAUCACGGUGACUAUGAAAAACAGUUUCUGCAUGUACUGAGCCGCAAGGACAAGACUGGAAUUGUUGUCAACAAUCCUAACCAGUCAGUGUUUCUCUUCAUUGACAGACAGCACUUGCAGACUCCAAAAAACAAAGCUACGAUCUUCAAGUUAUGCAGCAUCUGCCUCUACCUGCCACAGGAACAGCUCACCCACUGGGCAGUUGGCACCAUAGAGGAUCACCUCCGUCCAUAUAUGCCAGAAUAGAGUACUGACCAGCAAAAUGGAGAAGAUCAGAGAAUGCAGCAGCAGUUUUUUUCUUGUUUUCUUAUUACUUUGUUCUUUUAGAGUUUAAAGAAAAUGGACUCAUGCACAGAACACUACGCAUUUUGAAACUUGUUCAUCCUGGAUUUUUUUUUAAUCAUUUGUAUCUCAGAACUUAAAAGCAAAAUUAGAUGUCUUCUGCACGGACUGUGUGAAAGAAGAUGCUUUGCAUAUUUGCUGCACUGCAUCAGCAUCUUACUAAAAAUGUGAAAUGAAAGGACUAUUGUACACUGAAAUGCUUAAAUGUAUCUGAAAGCACAAGGUGAUACUCAUUUUUGAUGGUCUUCCCAUUUGUGCUGGUUUUUGCCUCUUUGACAUCUGUCAUCAGUAUUUAGAGGGUGAGAAGUGAAUGUAACAGGUAUAAAUAACAUUUUUUUAAACUUAAUAGCUUUGCUAUAAUCACCGUUGUUCCGGAGCACUGUCAGAUUCAUUCUAAUGACCAGAAUGGUUGUUUAAAAAAAGAAAAUACAACCAUGGGAAAGAAAUCGUAAAUGAAAAAAAGCAUCUCAUUGUAGGCAUUCUUGCCUCAUUUUACUGGGCCAUGUUUGUUUCCUGGUACUCAUAAAUAUAGAUAUAUAUUUUUUUUUCCAGAUCUCUUUCCCCAAGUUGCUCUUAUUGAGAGUAUUCUGCUUAGUGUGGAUUUAGUUAUACACAUUAAAGCAGAUCUGGAGUCUGAAGUAGCUAAAGCAGCUAUAAAUCUGAGAAAUACAUUUAUAGCUGCAGAAACCAUGACAGGUAGAGGACUUUCCUUUUUGGUUUUUGGGGUUUUUUUUUGUUUUUAAAGAGGAGAGAUUUUUAUUACAAAGAAAAAAAUUCCAGUGAAUUGUGCAGAAAUACUGGUUUCUACACGAUCCUAAAGAAAAACUUAAGGUUUUUUGGAGUAGAAAAAAGUUGUAAAAGUUGGGAUCUUAAAAUUGUAAAAAUAACCAUUGAGUGUCAAAGUUCUAAAAGCAGAACUCAUUUUGUGCAAUGAACAUACGGAAAGACUACUGUAUAGUUUUGUUUUCUUUUAAAUGAAGAAAAGCUUUGCUUAGGGAUUGCAUACUUUUGUUGGAGUAAAUCUGAAUGAUCCUACUCCUCUGGAGUAAAACUAAUGCUUAAGAGUUUCCAAUUGUAUUUAGCUUCUGGUUGGAAUUUGAAAAAAUGAAAACCUAAAUAAAAUAGGUGAAAGUUCCCUGACUAUUCAGGUGAAUACACAAA